CGGUACGCCCUUCACAAAAUCCUUCCUUGGUGAUUGGACAGGCGCUUAACCCCCGAACCCAUAAAGACCAGAGGAAGAAGGAAAAUUCACUCUGUCUUUGAUGAAACUUCACUUGGACUCUGACGAGACUUCACUGACAAACAUGUCCAAGGAACAAACCUAUCCAGAGGACUCUCUCAGGAUGGUUCUUAUUGGGAAGACUGGAGUUGGAAAAGUGCAGCAGGAAACACCAUCUUAAUGGAGAAGGUUUUUCAUUCAUCACUUUCUGUUUCCUCAGUGAUGAUAGAGUGUAGGAGAGAAUCAGGGAAGGUUCAGGGCCAAAAGCUGGAGGUCAUUGAUACUCCAGGUCUGUUUGACACCGAGCUGAGUAAUGAGCAGCUGAAGGCGCAAAUCUCUAAGUGCAUCACAUACGCUUCUCCUGGACCUCAAGUGUUCCUGAUCAUCCUCAAGGCAGAGAGAGUCACUGAAGAAGAAGAAGAAACAGUGAAACUCCUUCAGAUGCUGUUUGGAGAACAGGCUGCACGUUACACCAUGACCCUGUUCACCCGUGGAGACGAUCUGGAGGCAGAAGGUGUCUCCAUAGAAGACGUCAUUGGUAACAAUAAGGUUCUCAGAGCCUUCCUCCAUCAGUGCAAAGGAGGAUACCAUGUUUUUAACAACAGAAAUAAAGAUCCUGCUCAGGUCCAUGAGCUGCUGAAGGAGAUCAACACAAUGGUUGAGAGAAAUGGAGGAAGAUACUUCACCAACGAGAUGUUCCAAGAGGCUGAGGGAGAGGUAGAAGAAAAGAAGAAUGAGCUUCUGAAGGUUGAUCCACAGAGGGACCGGGAUGAAGUAAGAAGUGAAGCAAAAGAAUAUGUGGCAAGAUUUGGAUUUCAUACCUUGGCCCUUAUUGUAGAAAGGGUUGGAGCUUGGCUUAGAGAGUCGACUGAGAUGAGAGUUGGAGUGGGACGUGUGCUUGAAGGAGCAGUGGGAUUUGUGCCUAAAGCAGAUAAGAACAAACAAAAGUGCCUCACACAGUGAUAUUUAAUAUCAAGGAGUCAUCAGCUCAUUGCAGCUAAAUGAAAAUAGAUACAAAUAAAAAAUCUAAUCGUUAAAAGAGUAUUUGAUCAUGUUGUAAGGUCAGAGUGACCUUGAGUGAUUUGUGAUUUGUGAAUAUGGGCUUUACAAAUAAAAUUGAAUUGAUUGAU